AUGGCCCCCUUGGCGGGGGCCCAACCCAAGGGUUUUCCCCAAGGGGCCCCCUGCGAGGUGACCAAACUAAUUUCAAGGCUUCCGUCUCCCCCUGGCAAAGGGGCCCCCGGCCCCCUGGCAAGUUUGGCCCCUUUCUUUGGUAAUUGGGCCGAGGGGGCCGCCCCUGGAAAAGGUUGCGCCAAGGGGCCCCUGAGGACCCUGGCCCCUUCCCGGGCCGGGUUUCAGGCGCCGGGCUCCUCCAGGGGGAACAACAAAUUUUGUCUUCAACCCCCGGGCUUUCCAGAACCACAGCGGAGCCUCAGUGGGGCCCUCAGCGUGUCGCUCUGUGGUCUGCUGCGGCCGCAGGAUGUGUGGCGGCUGGUGGAGCAGCUCAGGGCUCACCUGCAGCAGGCGGAGGAGGACUCCUGGGCCUCCGUGACGGUGCACGGCUUCACCGACAGUCCCGUGUCCUGGGGGGAGGAGGAGCACGGCGUCCUGACGGGAGGAGAGACCUUCUACAACCUGCUGAUGUUCCAGGACCACGCCUACCGCCUCCACCUGGCCACCGGGCCGCAGGACGCCUGCCCGCCGUGAGCCGGGCCUGGAGGCGGUGGAUCUGAAUGGACCCGCUGGUACCGAUCAGAACCAAAGGAUGGUUCUGAUGGUCCACUUUACUGUCACAGCCGAGCGGUUGCCAUGGCGUCGUCAUCGUGGACACUGAUCGCUCCUCUGCAGUUAUUUUCCUGACCACUAGGUGGCGCUGAAUGCAGAGGGCGGUCCAAUGGUAGCUGAUGACCAGCUGCCUUAUUUUCAUUGGUUGUCAGAUCAAAGAGGAUGGCUGGAAUAAAAGCGCCUUUAAAGCA